UAUUUAAGCACUCCAAAACUUGGGCCACUAUAGCUUCCAGUAAUUCAACAACAGACUUGCUCGGAAAAGUAAUCGGAGUGCGUUGCGAAUGCGCCGUUUAGGAAAGGCAGAUGUGGAUACGCUCCUGCAGCUUGGUGGAGUUUGAUCUACGACCCCCAGCUUUGAGGAAUCAAGAGGGAGAGAAACGAGAGACCAGGCAAAGUUGUAGGAGGGGUGUGGACGAUGGCCAACCAGAACUCCUGCUCCCUUCCAAUAGAAGGGGCGUGACUUUGCCCCUAAAGUUUUCCGCCCUCAUCGACACGGCUGCCGCUGCGAAGCAUUUAUAUUCAUGUGCGGAAAAGUCUCGGCGACUGCAGCAUUCAGGCUCGGCACUUCACAGAGGAAGGAACACCCCAUAACAUAAACAACACGAAACAAAACGAGGAACUUAUCCUUUUUUCACUCUGCAGUGAGAAGCAACCAUCCAUCCUCUGGAGUUCUGUUCUUUUCCACUUCUCACAGCUCACCCCCCAAAAAGUAGCAGUCGUGGCAAACCCUUAGCAAAACUUUGCCUCGUGUAGCUGUGCGCGCAAGGAUCCUGCUCGGUCUACUCAUGAAAGAUCAACUACGACUGAACAGUUCCGAAAGAGAGAUGUCUGCAACCAUCCUGUCCGCCUUCUACGACAUCGACAUGCUUUACAAGGAAAAGACUCUCAACAUGAACGCAAUUCACAUCAACAGUAUGUUGGACAAGAAAGCCGUGGGGGCUCCUGUUACAACGUCUAGCUCAAACAACUGCUCCUACACCCCGGGAUUUUUCCGCAGAAACUCGACCAGUAACAUGGAUUCUGUGACCAACAGCAACAAGUACCCAGCUGGCUUCAACAACCUGAAAGAGAGCUCGGUAGUGAAUGGCAGCUCAAACACCGCCAUAAUGAACAAGGAAAACAAGUUUCGUGACCGCGCGUACAGCGAAAACGGGGAAAGGAGCCAGCAGCUCCAGGUUUUGCAACAGAAGCCGGGCUCUCAGAUCAACUCCACCCGCUACAAGACAGAGCUGUGUCGGCCUUUCGAGGAGAACGGCGCAUGCAAAUACGGGGAGAAGUGUCAGUUCGCGCACGGCUACCACGAGCUGAGGAGUUUGUCUCGCCACCCCAAGUACAAAACCGAGCCGUGCCGCACCUUCCACACUAUCGGUUUCUGUCCGUACGGUCCACGUUGCCACUUCAUUCACAACGCAGACGAGCGCAGGCCUGCCCCUGCCAACGCCAACAUGCAGGGAGAGUCCAAGUCUGCUCGAGAGUUGUGCGGCUAUGGACAGAAGGAGGUGGUCCCUCAAGCCAGCGCCUUCAGGGAGAGGCCAAAGCUCAACCACAGCCUUAGCUUCUCCGGCUUUGCCACACAACACGGACUUGAUUCACCCAUUAUCGAAAGCCCAACGUCCCGCACCCCGCCACCCUGUUCCUCCAACAACUCUUGCCCCCAAAACUUUUAUGAGGAUGUGUCGCCCAACACUCUGGCUUGCGUCAACAGUGCCUUCUCCUUCCCCGGGCAAGAACUGAAAGCCUUACUUUCUCCACUGGUGGUGCAGGCUCAAAAUGGCUACACCAACCACAAUAAUGGUGCUUACUUUGGGAAUCUCUCGGGCGUCUGCCCUCCCUCUCCCCCUUACAACAUGAGCCACUUGCAGUCCUCCCUGCACCGCCUUUCUGAGUCGCCGGUGUUCGACUCACCCCCCAGCCCCCCAGACUCCAUCUCAGACCGGGAGAGCUAUGCAAGCGGGUCCCUAAGCUCUUCUGGAAGUCUGAGCGGCUCCGAAUCUCCCAGCUUGGAUGCCGGCAGACGUUUGCCAAUCUUCAGCAGGCUGUCGAUUUCAGAUGACUAAGUUUGUUCACUUUUGCAUGUGGUGUGCGCGUGUGUGUGUUUUUUUAUACCUUGUUUAGUAUGAGGAGGACUUGAAAUUCCAGCACUCACCGCCGUUCUUGGACGGUGACACCUCUGACGACGUGUAACGUUUGACAGAAAUACAUCUGCUUUAAAACUUUAGAGACAGAUGACGUUGUCUUGUCUUUUUGAUAUGGCAUUAGUUCGUUUGUCUGUAUGUUUUUGAUAACUACAUGUAGCUAUCAAUAGAAGGCAUUCCACCGGUGACUUGUGUUCUGAGCUGCAACAGAUUUUCUCCUUUUUUGAGGUUGCAUCAAGGCCUUUUUUCCUGGAGAAAGUCGUAUUCUACACUUCUUUGUUUCUUUCUAUCUCUGUUUUUUGUUUCUUUAUUUCAUAAGAACGAGAAAGACCUAGCGGUUUUAGAUUUUCCUGCAUCCUACCAAGAAUAUGCCUUGACACAAGUUGUAACAGCUUCACAGCUUCAAAAGUAUUUUUUAUUCUCAAAGCUUAAAAACUUCCAUUCCAAAACUUUUACUUGGUUCACAGCGCCACGCAGUGGUUUGGUUGGGUAGUGUUAGUUUGUUGCUUAGUUCAAGCAUUCUUGUGUGGUGGUUUGUGCGGGAGAUCACUGCUGUUGGUUGAAUAUACUAUAUUUUUUUAGAUGUUCGGAGUGAUUACAUAGCGGUGCAUAACUGGCUAUGAACUAUUUAACUUAUUUAUUAUCUUGUGAAAAGUAUAGGCUACAUUGGUAAUUGUCCAGACUGUAUUUAUCGAGUAUGAUGAAGCAAUAGAUAUAUUCUUUUAUGUUUAAAUUAUGAACGCCAUUAUUAAUCUACAGUAAGUGGAGUGUAUGUUCUUCUCACAGUAAUAUAUAUUUUUGUUUGGUCUCUUUUGUAACUUCACUUCGUUAUUUUAUUGUAAAUGAGUAAAAAAAAAAUCUUAAUUUAAGAUAUUGUAUGUGAUAUUUAUUUCAUUAAUUUUGUUUCCUUGUUUACGUUUAUUAAAAAAACAAACAAACAACAAAAGUUUGCGUGAUUUUGCUGGAGGUUGCUUGUCUGUGCUCUGGAAGGCCUAUUUUCUGUCCUUUUGGCGAGAAUCCCUAGAUUUGUUUCUCUAGUGGAGUCUGUAGAAUGUAAACAAUGUGGGUUUAUUGUUUCUUCCUGUCUUUGUUUUUGUUUUGUUUUGUCCCCCCCCCCCCCC